AUGGUGAAUGACUACAAGAAAAUUGUUCUUUUGUCAGGACUAAAGGGUAUCAGUGACCAUAAUUUUAAAAUAGUUAAGUCCUUGUUGAGCAAAGAACUAAAACUAAAUAGAAAAGCACAAUAUGGUUAUGACAGAAUUAAGAUCGCUGACUUGAUGGAGGACAAGUUUCCAAAAGAUGCUGGAAUAGACACACUGAUAGAACUGUAUAAAGAGAUUCCAGAACUUGAAGACCUUGCUGAUGAACUCAAAAGAGAGAAGGCAAAAGCUAAAAGGAAACAGUCAGAGAAAAGCAUAACUGAGGCAAAAAGACACAGGCGAGAUGAACCUAGUACUUCUCAACCUAUGCCCACCAUACAUAAAGAUUCAAAACCAGGAUCAGGCAGGAGUACACGGAACUCACAGGCUCCCCGGCUAGCUCCAGCAACUGCUUCGAAGAGGGACCAAGCCACUCAAGUGUCUCCAGAAACAUCAUCUUGCAGUGUCCAAACUUUCCAAGUGCCUCUAACCUCAGCAUCCAGCAGUACCCAGGCCCCUGGAGUGUCUCUAGCAAUACCAGCCAAGAAACCAAGACGGAAGACUGUACCUGAGCAACCUUCUGAGGAAAAUGGUCACCACCGAGGUCCCAAAAAAGUGAUGGUGUUAAAAGCAACAGAACCAUUCACAUAUGACCUGAGAGGAGAGAAAAGGAUGUUCCAUGCCACAGUGGCUACUGAGACUGAAUUCUUCAGAGUGAAGGUCUUUGAUAUUGUCCUGAGAAAGAAGUUCAUCCCCAACAAGGUCAUUACCAUCUCAAAUUACAUUGGUCGCAAUGGGUUCAUAAAUAUAUACAGUGCCACCAGUGUGUCAGAAGUAAAUGAUAACCAAUCAAUGAAUAUCCCAACUACCCUGAGACAAAGAGCCAACGCAACACCUAAAAUCAAUUAUCUUUGCUCAAAAAGAAGAGGAAUAUUUGUGAAUGGAGUGUUUAUGGUAAAUAAGAAAAAUGAGACAAAGGACUACAUUUGCUAUGAAAUCCAAGAUAACACAGGGAUGAUGGAAGUGAUGGUCUAUGGACGACUGACCAGUGUUAACUGUAAUCCAGGAAAUAAACUUAGACUCAUGUGCUUUGAAUUAACAGAUGAGGGUAAAGUGCACCUGAGAUCUAUGAGGCACAGUAACAUGAAGGUAUGUGCUCUAGGGGAACAUCCUCCUUCCCAGGAAUCAUGUUUUUAAUAUUAUAGUAAAACCACUGCAGGUAUUGCAUAGAAAAUUUAACAAGUAAAAGAAAGAAAGUUUUCAGUUAAUAUAUGCAAA